AUGGCAAAAGAGAUCGAAAUAUCAACCAGUGAAGCCAAGUUUCUUAUAGAGGCUCUGAGACAAGGAUUACGCUCGGAUUCACGAAAAUUUGAAGAGACUAGAGAUGUGGGCAUCAAAUUUGGUAAAGACUAUGGUGAUGUUACGGUGACAAUGGGAAAAACCAAGGUACACUGCCGCAUCAGCUGCAACAUCGCACAGCCAUACGAGGACCGGCCUUUCGAAGGCCUCUUUUUUAUAUCCACGGAAACCUCGCCGAUGGCAGGUCCACAAUUCGAGAACGGUAACAAUACCGGCGAAGACGAGGUUUUGUGUUCCAGAAUCAUCGAGAAAGCUGUCAGAAGGUCGGGCGCUUUAGAUGUGGAGGGUCUGUGUAUUGUGGCCGGCAGCAAGUGUUGGGCUGUGAGAGCAGAUGUGCAUUUUUUGAACUGCGAUGGUGGGUUCAUCGAUGUUAGUUGCAUAGCAGUGAUGUGUGGACUGUUACAUUUCCGGAAGCCCGAUGUUACCAUAUCUGGUGAACAGGUAACAAUCCACCCUGUGGAAGAACGAGAACCAGUUCCCUUAGGUGUCUUGCACGUCCCCAUUUGUGUUACAUUUUCGUUUUUCAACCCAGAAGACGCUGAGGAAAACAUCAAGGGAGAAUCAAACAACGAGAUAUGUUUGCUAGAUGCUACUUUGAAGGAAGAACUACUAAGAGACGGCACAUUAACGGUCACGUUAAAUAAAAAUAGAGAAGUUGUGCAGGUAUCAAAAGCUGGUGGACUUCCCAUGGACGCUCUGACUUUAAUGGACUGUUGUCACAAAGCUUUCAAGAUAACAGAGACAUUAACUGACCAAAUAAACGAGGAGCUUAAGCUGGACGCUGAAUCGAGAAAUAAAUACGCCGCGUUGCUCAGUUCUGAAAACGCAAGAGUUUCUUAA